UUCUUAGACAUUUUGCUGUAAUGUGCUAAGUAAUAUUAAGGAAAAUUGCAUAUUUUUAGAGAUUAUGUAUCUUGAUGUAAUUUGGAGAAAUUACUUUGAUAUAUAAGUUAUUGUGGACUGUGUGGUCGUAUCACUUAUGGUACAGCAGUACCAUCAUGCAUCAGCCAUUGAUACAUUAUACACGUUUUACAUUUUAAGAAAAUUUUGAUGAGUACAAAUGGUGGGAGUGUCAAUAUCAAGAUUUUAUACAAGUUGUGUGAAAAAUUUAUGACAACAAGAGUAAAAAUUGGCUCUCAAUAUAGUCUACCGGUUACAAUCAGGAAAUGAAUGUAUGUCAUAAUAUAGACAAGUAAAAGCCACUUUUGGCUUUAGGGAAAAUUAACUGUGAUUAAUUAAUUAACUAGUGAGCAUUUGAAAGGAACAUGCCAAAACAUCGAAGAUUAUCUACAACACGCGGUCAAACCGCUCUGUGCAACAGAUUAUGUAACAAAUCACAAGCUCACGAAAAUGUUAUACCACUACAAAGAAAAUCUACAAGUGUAUUAAGUUUCAAAAAAUCAACGCAACAGCUUCCCAGGGCACUACGGCGCAAGGAUUUAAAAUCCUUGACAUAUUUAAACAGUGCUUACAAUGAACCAAAUAAAGCCGUAACUUUAAAGUCAUGUAUUUCGUCCCAAAAACAAAAUGACAAGAUUAAAAUGAAAGUUAAAUUUUAUAUUAAAAAGACCGAUAAUAAUCAGUCUUACUGCGCCAGUGCAACAAAAUCCGACCAUGACUUUGAUAAGAGCAUUACGAAAAGAAAAAAAGAAACCCCAAAACUGCACUCAGCAUACGCAACGCUGCACAGCAAUAAAAUAGAAUUUAAUGGAACCAAAGACAUGGCAGGUGAUAAUAACCGUUUAAAAAUAAAUGUAAAGCCAAAAAAGUCUUUUGAAGCAAGUGGACAGAAAUCAAUAAUGAAUACUUUGUUUUUGAAAAGAAACAUUGCCAGUAAAUUAAAAAAUAUAAUUAUUGAAAAAUCUAAGCAAUUUUCUGAUACCAGCUUAAAACGUAGGAGGAAUUCAUUAAAGUUAAGAUUCUGCAAUAGCUACUCGUCGAUCGUAGAUUAUGAUAAAUUUGAACACAAUGUGAAAACAAAUGUGACAAGAAAGCAGAUCAUUAGUAAAACUUCAAAGAAAACGAUUAUUAAGCAAAAUAAAGUUACGAGUGACAAAUGUAGACAUCUGUCGUCAAGGAGUGAAACCACCCAUAAGACAAAUGCUAAAUCAAAUGAACCUCACGGAAAUACAAGUUGUACUCCAAGUAAAAUGUCAAUUUCAACUAUAUUUAAAAACAUUAACCUGACUAGCCAACUAAAUUUAAGAAAACCCUUACCCACGCCAAAGCGAGAUUACAGGAGUUCUGAAACCACGAAAAGUGCUUUAUCAGCGGUACUUUAUCACGAUUUUUCUACUACUGGUAAAAAAUUUAAAUUAUGGAGAAAUCACGAUAAUUAUAAAAAGCGACGUUCUUUAUCAAUUAGAUUUGGUAAGCAAACUUCAAAACAAGGUCUCAAAUAUUUUAAUGAAAUACAAAACGCAAAAAGAAUAAUUAAUACACCUAAAGCGAGUCAGGAAUCGGAAGAUCUUAAUAUUAAUAAAAUUAAUGUUUUAUCUAAUAAGAAACUAAAACGAAAGCGAGGGCUGAAACAUUUAUUUGAAAGGACUAAAUCCCAAAAAAUAAAUAAUCUGGUAAAAUCUGAAAAAGAAAAACAAGUUUCAAAUAAUGCAACUCUGCCUACAUAUGAAUAUGGUAAUAGCGGUGUGAACUUUAUUGAGAGUCAAAAUAGUGCAUUGGAUUUUAGAUACGCAAAAAACAAUAAUUGUAAUAAAGACUUAUCAAGUGAAAACAUGGAUGAAUUUUCAAAGAAUUUUAAGCAAAAUAAAGUUCUUACUAAUACAACAAUUGAGAAAGAAUUUUCAAAUUCGACGAAACGACAAAUCAAUCCUGUGACAAAACUGAACAAAAUAAACAAUAGUGCUAAUAAUUCAAUGGAAAAUUCUUCGAACUUGCGUGUUACGAAUAAAUUAUCUAACAGAAUUUUUACAUUCAAUAAAUGUUAUGACAAAUAUAAAAGUAUUAGUUUGUUAUUUAGGCGCCAACCAGAAUACACUUUACAAAAAAAAAAUAAACAAACGCAGAUUAAGAAAUGUUCAUCGAGAACAAACGAAAAUCCAUUGUUAAACAAUUUCUUUCAACCACUGAAACACACAUUGAAAUCAAAACCUAGUGACAGCAAAGUAAAAGAAUCAAUAGUAAUUUCCAAUAACACAAUAACACUUAGACCUGAACGUUCCCAAAAUUCUCAUUUAUCAAUAAUAAAAGAAACUCAAUCUAUCGUAUCAUCUAAAAUUAAUCAAAAUUGCGCAAUAUGUGAUGAGAACUGUAAAUGUCCUUUAAUUAAAAAUUCACAAAAUGAAGUUAAGAGACCGGACAACUGUUGUAUUGUUGAGCUAUAUAAGAUAAACAGCAAUAAUCAGCUAGACGCUAAAAAUUCAAUGAAUGUGAGUGAUCGACACAUAUAUAAUUUAAAGGAUACAGCUAAACAAAAAGAAACAUAUCCUACAUUAAACCAAAGAGAAAAGUUGUUGAAAGAACAAAUGUCAUCAAACACAAACCAAUCCAAACAUUUAAAAGAACAUGUAAAAAUAUCGAAGAAAAUGAAUAAAACCCAAGAUAAAGUAGAUCAAAAUUGUCAAAGUGAAACAAUAACAAUAGCAACAAUGAAUAAAGCAAUCGAAGUGCUAUCGAAUAAAGACAAUACAGCUUUAAGCAAAGAAAAGAAUAAUUUUUUCCAACAUCAUAUAUACCAAGGUCUUCUUAUAUCUCGAAAGUGUAGACAGUGGUAUCUAGCAAAAAUGAGAGCUGUGGAUAAGGCAGAACAUUUACACCGAAGUAAAAAAACUGCGAUAGUAAAUAAAUGUGAAUUUAAUCAAAUAGAAGAAGAGCCCAAACCUGAAGGUCUAACACUAAAAGUAAAUCCUCAACCAAUACCUAAGGAGUGUAUUCCGACAUUUUUAGAUAAGCCCAAACAAUUAAAAGAUGUUAUGAAGACUCCGUUGCCUUCUAGUUGCAAACUAGAUCUUGAUUAUUCAAAAAAUAAACCUGGCGUAUCAUUACAUUCUAGGAGAAAGAGUACUUGUGAUCAGCAACGUCUGUCAAGUAGUAACAAAGAACAGGAUAUUUGCCAAAAAUGUGAUAGGCCCCUCUCUGAAUGUGUGUGCAAAGAUAAAGAGCAAGCCGACAAUAAAAUAGAUUCUAAACGUAAAGUUUGUCCAGGCAUUAAACCAAAACCAUACGAUCCUUGUCCAGAUAUUAAACCAAUUGAUCCUUGUCCAGGCAUUAUACCAAAAUCAUUAGAUCCUCGUCAAGACACUAAAUCAAAACCAUUAGAACCUUGUCAAAGUAAUAUACCAAAACCAUUAGAUCCUUGUCCUGCACGUGAAGAUAAACAAAAGGACAAACAGAAAGAUAAACAGAAAGACAAACAGAAAGACAAACAGAAAGACAAACAGAAAGAUAAACAGGAAGACAAACAGAAAGAAAAACAGAAAGACAAACAAAAAGAUAAACAGAAACCUUCUCGAAAAUCAACCAGCGCCGAUAAAAAUCUUGAUAAAAAAAGAAAGAAAGAUAAAGAAAAGCCAUGUAAAUCACAAAUUAAACGUAAGUCAUCAAGUCAUAGUCUUAUAUGUAGUGAUAAGGAACAACACACUGUUUCCAAAUCUAGAAGAAUGUCUUCUAUAAAAAAGUAUUUCCGGAAAUCAAAACCAACUUGUGAUCCAGAUUGUAAGAACCUUUCUAAAGUAAAGACUAAAGAUAAAUCAUCAAAACAGAGUAUAAGCGACAAAUGUAAAGAUCCAAAACGAAGUUCUUCAAAAUACGAUGUUAACAAACGACAAAAGAGUGAUAAAUAUAAAGAUCCAAAACGAAGUUCUUCAAAAUACGAUGUUAACAAACGACAAAAGAGUGACAAAUGUAAAGAUCCAAAACCUAGUCCUUCACAAUACGAUGUUGAGAAACGACAAAAGAGCGACAAAUGUAAAGAUCCAAAACCUAGUCCUUCAAAAUACGACGUUGCCAAACGACAAAAGAGUGAGAAAUGUAAGGAUCCAAAACGUAGUCUUUCAAGAUACGAUGUUGACAAACGACAAAAGAGUGAGAAAUGUAAAGAUCCAAAACGUAGUCCUUCAAGAUACGAUGUUGACAAACGACAGAUAAGUGACAAAUACAAAGAUCCGACCUCAAUUAGUGGAAUUCUCCAAAAAAAGGGACUACUUCAAGAUUCAGAUACAGAUUCAGAUUCAAAUUCAGAUUCAGGCUCAGGUUCAGAUUCAGGUUCUAAUUCUAAUUCUAGCUCAAGUUCAAUUUCAAGUCCAAGUUCAAGUUCAAGUUCAAGUUCAUAUUGUAAGCGACCCAAAAACCGUAAACCAUCAAAUCCUAAUCUUAGAGAUGGAGAUACAAAGUCAUGCCGUAAUAAUAAAGUUCAACAUAAAAAUGUAAUUAGGCAUGAUUUUGGUAAUAAGAAUCAUUCUAAAACAUUCAAUAAAUGUAAAUCAUCAAAUCAUAGUCUAUCAAGUGAACGUAACAAACGUCUUCCUAAAUCAAGUAUGUCAAAUUCUACAGUUGGAAAUCUCAAAAAAAAAACAAAAAAAUGUGAUACCUAUGAUAAAGACCAUUACAAAUUACCCAUUAAACGUAAAUCAUCAAAUCGUAGUAUAGGAAGUGGAGACAAAAAACAAAAUAUUUGUCCCAAAUCCAAAAAACCGGCGCCCGUAUAUGCACAUCAUCUUAUAAAAGAAUCCAAUCGUGCUUUUGAUCGCGAGAGUCGUUCUAAUUUACAAACUAAACUUAAACCACCAAAUAUUAAAAAUGGGAAAUAUAUUUCUUCUGAAUCUAUAAAACUAACACCUACACGUAGACAUUCCAUGAAACACGUAACUUCUAUCGCUAAACAACCCAUUUCAUCAAAAAGCAAUCAAACAUUGUCGGACAAAAAUCAGGUCACUCCCACUGGCGAAAAUUUUUUACAAAAUAAAAUGAAAGCCUGUAAGUGUUACCUAAAACGUAAAUUUAUUAGACAGAGAAAUUCAAAAAAUAAAUAUCGGUGUCUUUGCUGUAUAUGUAAUAAAAAGUUUUCCAAAUGUGACUGUCUAAAAAAUUUACAAAAUCUUCAAGAUCUGAAUGAAAGAGAUGCAGUCUAUGUAACAAAUAAAAUUCAGAGUAUUUAUAAAAACACACCUUUUCAAAAUAAAUCACAAAAUUCUAUGGAAUCUAUUUCAAAUCCGAGUAAAAGUAAAGACACAAAUAAAAAACAUAAUGAAGAAAAUAUAAAAUGUUUGAUUUGUAAAGGACUCCUUCGUAAAUGUGAUUGUUUUUUCAAAAAACAACUUAAAGCUAAAUCAUUAACUACCAACUACUUUAUAGAGGAAAAUAGAAAGAACUCCCAAGAAUAUAAUAAAGCUUAUUCCGAAGGUUCAUUUAUCUCAAACCAAUAUAAAAGAGGUAGUUAUUUUGAACGUUUCCGGCGCAAACCAUCGGAAAAUAUAAAACAUAUUCUUACACAAGAAUUUGAACGCCGAAUACUAAAAAACAAUCAAAAUCAACAACUAAACGAUCAGAUUACAAAUAAAAAACCUGGUUCGAAACGAUUUUUUGAUAUAGGCCACCGUAAAAAAUCUGACGUUUUAAAUAAAGAUAUACGUAACUAUAUAGAACUUCUAGCUCAAAGAAUUGAAAGUGAUUUGUUAUUUAACGUCGAACAAAAUAACAAUGAACAAUAUAUACAAUCCCUACGAACUCAAAGUUCUCAAAAUGAGAGUAAACAAUACAGUCCUGGAAAAUCUGACAAAUCAAUUUCUAAACGUUCAUACCCUAGUUUACAAAAAACUCGACGGGGUCAUAUCUACAAAAUAAUAAACGACCAUUUAUGUUUUCUUGUCCAAACAAUUGAAACAAAAUGUUUAGAUCGUCUUCAACAAAACGAAAAUAAAAACUCUGAGAAUAAAAAUACAGACCUAAGUAGUAAAAUCGGAAUCUCAAAUACUAAUAAAUCAGCAUGCGAGUGUAUUAAUAAUAACGCUAGGGGAACAAAACCAAUUGAUAAAACUUUGCAAAAAGCUGGAAAUACUAACAAAUCACCAUGCGGAGAUAUCAAAAGUGAAGCUAUUAUAACUAAAUCAAUAGAUAACCAACGGGAUAAAGCUUUGCGAAAAUCUGGAUUUUGCUGUCGAAAAAAUUUAAAUGAGCAAAAGAAGACACUUGAACAACCCGGUCAAGAUACUACACAUGCAACGGAAAAAAAACAAUUACCUUGUUUUAGUAACGAAGCUUUGUCGAAGAAAGAAGAAUGUGAAGGUUUUUUAGCAAACUUAAUGAAACGUGGCCUAAGUCUUUGUGCCGCAAAAAAGAAUAAUGAAACACCGAGCAAAUCACAUGUUAAGCGUAGAAAUCUAAGUUAUCGUCGCUUAAGUAAAUUAAAAAUGAAACCAUCAACUCAGAAGAAAGAUGAAAUAACGGAUAUGGAUACAAAUUCCAACGGUGAAGAAUUAAGUAAAGGUUUCAAUAAGUGUAAAAAGAAACCUUCAGAUAUUACACACAAAAUGAGUAAAGAAAAUCUAAAAGACCGUAAAAACGAAGGCUUCCAGGUUACACCAAAUGAAUUAAAGAAAACUAGAGGUAUACGUUUCACAUAUCGGCCAGGGCCACGCGGCAAAGGAAAACCUACUAUCCCGAGUGAUGUAAAUUGUAAUAAGGUUGGUUUACGAGUAGAAUCAAAACAUUGGUUGCUAGAAAAUCAACACAAACAAACUAAAUCAAAAGGAAUUAAUAUUCGGACUCGUUUAAAUAAAAAUAAAAAGACAAAGACAAAGAAGAAAAAGCUGAAGAUAAAGAUAAAGAAAAAGAAAAAAAAACCGAAACGUCAAAAACCAAGUAAAUUUAAGAAACUAAUGAAGAAAGAAGCAGACAGGCAAUCAAAGAGACUACAGAAGAGACUUAGAAAAAGAUUAAAAAAGCAAUUAAGAGCAAAAUCAUGCAAAGGGAUGUCAAAACGCUUGAGAAAAUUUAUUAGAAAACUAGACGUGGAAUGUGACCUAAACAAAUAUGCAUUAAAGCACAGGCCACUUCCUUUCGCUCGUAAACCUAGUCUUUGUACCGCUUUUAAACAGGCUGUGAGCUUUGUACUUGUUGGCGUCGCUGCAAUGACCUGGAUUCCAUUCUUUAUUUUAUUCACUGUUUUUAGAUGUUUACUCUGUUGGUAAUAAAAAAAAAUUAUGACAAUUGGAUUUAACUGAACAUGAACAAGGAAAAAUCAGACCACACAGGAAAAUAUCAGAUAAAGUACAGACUCCAUACUACGCCGAGAAUAAAGAAAUCGAAUGAGCCAGCAUCAUUAUCAUUAUCCCCACCCAGUAGACAUCCAAUAGAAAUCCGCACGCUUGGUAGGUAGUUCGAGAUUUGCAGUUACGGAACCGAUGCUGCUACCUACAAUAUCGAUUUCUAUAAUUAUUUUUUUAUGUCGGCAAAUGAGCAGGCCGAUCACCUGAUGGUAAGCAGUCGGCGCUGUCCCGAAAUACUAGAGUCAUUAGAGGCAUUGCAUCAACUUUUUGAGGGUUAAACAUUUAUAGACUGAAAAGGAGAGAAUUGACCUUCGAUAAUCUCACUUACACGGUGAAACACAACACAAGUGUUGUGUCACGCCGCUUUUCUUUGAGGUUGUGGUAUCAUCACUUCGUGUCGUCGGCCGAGCGCGA